ACGAAAUGGAAGCAAGCCAUGAUAUAGACGUUAAAUCUCUUCUUUAAAAUAGGAAAUUUUGGACAGUUUUGAAGAAUAACACGUUGUGCAACAUUUUGCAAAAACUUGUUUUUAUCUUAAUAACCGAAUGGGCCUGCAAUAAUUUGUGAUAGCAACUUAAAAUAGGGUUACAACAUAUAUACCAUAAGUAAAGCGAAUAAAGAUGAGCAAGGAUAAGCGACUAACUACUGGAGCUCUUCCAAAAUCUAACCCAAUCACAGAGGACUAUGAAAUAUCUAGAACAGUACUGGGAUUAGGAAUAAAUGGGAAAGUGGUUGAGUGUUUUUCCAAGAACACCCGGGAGAAAUAUGCACUCAAAAUAUUGCCAGAUAGUGCAAAAGGCUGGAGGGAAGCUGACUUACAUUGCAAAGCUACUGGAUGCCGGCAUGUUGUGGACAUAAUUGAUGUCUAUGAAAAUACAUACAAAAAGAACGCUUGCGUUUUAAUGGUGAUGGAAUGCAUGGAGGGUGGUGAAUUGUUCACAAGAAUUCAGGACAAGGCUGAAGGAGCGUUUACAGAAAGGGAGGCUGCCCAAAUAAUGCAUGAUAUAUGUAUUGCCGUUAAAUACUUACAUGAUCGCGAUAUAGCUCAUAGAGACUUAAAGCCUGAAAACUUACUGUAUUCCAAACAAGGACCUUUAGGAGUACUGAAAUUAACUGAUUUUGGUUUUGCAAAGGAAACCUCAUCUCUAGUUACUCUCCAAACUCCGUGCUACACACCUUACUAUGUUGCUCCAGAAGUGUUGGGGUCCCAGAAGUAUGAUAAAAGCUGUGAUAUUUGGGCAUUAGGUGUUAUUAUGUACAUAUUGUUAUGCGGUUACCCACCAUUCUACAGCGAUCACGGGCUGUCCAUGUCUCCUGGUAUGAAAAGUAGAAUCCGAGCAGGUCAAUUCACAUUUCCAGAUGCCGAGUGGAAACAAAUUAGUCCUGACGCAAAACAUCUUAUUACUGGAAUGCUUACUGUUGAUCCAGCCAAAAGAUUUACUAUCGAUCAGGUUAUGAAUAACCGUUGGAUCGCGCAAUACGCCGCCGUCCCACAAACGCCCCUUCACACUAAUCGAGUUCUAAAAGAAACUGUGGAACUUUGGCCCGAAGUACAAGAGGAGAUGACCCGUUCACUGGCAACAAUGCGUGUAGACUAUGAUCAAGUUCAAAUCAAAACUUUGGAAAACUCCAAUAAUCCCCUCCUUAAUAAAAGGCGGAAAAAGAACGCCAUUACCACGAACUAGUGCAAUUUUUUUUACGUUUAAUUUAUAGUAUUUUAAUAUAUUACUUCGGAUCUUAAAUUAGCUUAAGUGCAUUUAUGUAUUACUUAGACGCUGUUGUGCAUCGUUUAAAUCUCUACAGUCAUACUAGCACCCUUAGAUAAGUUACUGUAAGAUACAAUCUCAAAAGAAAUAUUCGUCCUAUUAACCCUUUCAGACCCGACUUUUUUCGAAAAAAAAAUAAUAAUUUUCUAUAGUCGUUUGACAGAAUGUCCACUGCAACAGACAUUGGGACUAUAAUACGAAUUUAGACAAAUAAACAUUAAACAAUAUACGAUAUUUUUAUUAAAUAUAGUAUAUUUUUAUCAAGCAAAUGUUGAGUUAACGUAAAUGAAAAUAUUUGAAACAAUUUUUGUUCUUUACAAAACAUAAAUGUACAUUACAUUUUUCACAAAAAACAUGCGUUUUUCGUUUACACCCAACAUUUUUGCAUCUGGAUGCUUCCUUUUUGUUGCCAUACUUGGGUAAAUGGUCUAUUUUAUCCAUCCUUAUGGUCUAAUUUGCACUCUGGGUCUUUUGGAGUGUGGGGAGAAUUCUCAUUUGACAUUUUGGGACGACCAAUGCUUCUUUUGAUUGAUUUUCCCACUUUAAUUAGCGCCUUUUAAGGUAAACUAAGCUGCCCCUUUUAUAUUCUAAGCAACUAUUGGCAUAAGCAAAAUCAAAGGCAUGGUAUGAUAAUAGUUGAUCUAGUAAAUCUACACCUCCCAUCGAUUUAUUAUAUAAUUGAAUCGCUUGCGGUCUCAGAAUCGUUAUUUUUUUCUUUUGCUUCUUAUCCUAUCUUUGUACUAAGUCUUCUUUUCCUUUUCCAACAAAAUUCGAACCUACAAGCAAAUACUUAUUAUCUUGCCACUUGCAUAAAACCACAGUUCCUUCAUCACUUACCACUUCUUCGCUAUAUCCACGUUCUUUUUUUGUAAUUGUUUAUCUGUUUUGAAUGGAGGUUUCUGGAAUCUGUCAAUUCUUAUAGUUCCAACAGAAUAUAUGUUUUUCUUAUACGAGUUCUUCAAAAAGUUUGUAACUAAAAAAAAAUGUCGAAGUAAAAUUUUUUUUUAUGAAUAUUUUUGGCCAGGUGCAGAACAACUGAUGAACUCGUCGAUUAACUCUUUUGGAGUUUCCUUAUUGAACCGUGGUAGAUUAUAAAGUCAUAAGCAAUUCCUUUCUCUCCACACAGCACAAAAAUUUUAAUGCCCCAUGCAAAUGGCUUAUUUUUUACAUAUUGUUUAAUAUUUAGUCUUCCCGUGAAUGGUACAAUCUGCUCAUCCACACAC